AUGCCUUUGUUAUCAAACAGAAUUCAGGCCGCAGCGGCAUCCAUCGCAGCAACAGCCAACAACCCUCCCAGCCUGACUGCCUUCAAAGCUCUGGUCGAACAGACGACAACCAAAGAAACCUACCCCUUAGCAAAGACCAUCGAAAACAACAUCCCAAUCUACGACUGCACAGCCUUCGACCUCAACGACUCCACUCUCAUCGACCACCUCCAAGACGAACUCUACCACAUCCUCACCUCCGGCCCCGGCGUCUACAUCCUCAAACACUUCUUCCCCUCCGCCCGAACCAUCUCCCUCGCCAACACCACCUUCUCCACAAUCCUCUCCUCCACACCAGCACGAGGCGACCACUUCGCCCGCACCCCCGGCACCAACUCCCGCCUCUGGAACUCUUUCACCAAACACUGCCUCUCCCACCCCCAAAAUUUCUUCGAAUACUACUCCAACCCUUGGUUCCGCAUCGUUGCGGAAGCCCAUCUCGGCCCGAACUUCCGCAUCACCGCGCAACUCAACAUCGUGCAUCCGGGCUCUGAAGCGCAGAUUCCGCAUCGGGACUAUCAUCUCGGCUUCCCGAGUCUGGAGCAAUGCGCCGAGUUCCCGAAAGCGAGCCAUCAGGUUUCGGCCGUUUUGACCCUGCAAGGUGCGGUGGCGCACACGGAUAUGCCGCUGGAAUCCGGUCCCACGAGGUUUGUCCCUUACUCGCAACUCUUCCCCGAAGCGUUUGUUUCCACGCAUUUCUCCGACUUCCAAACUUAUUUUCUUGACAACUACGUCUCCCUCCCUUUGGCUGCCGGCGACGCCCUUUUCUUCUCCCCCGCUAUCUUCCAUUCUGCCGGUUCCAACACUACCUCGCACAUCUCCCGUUCUGCAAAUCUUUUCCAGAUCUCUUCGGCGUUUGGGAAGGCUAUGGAGAUCGUUGAGACUUUGCCUUUGAUUGAGGCGACGUAUGAGGUUUUGGAGGAGAGAUAUCGGUGCGAGGGGUUCUCGUGCGAGGUGGAGGCUUUUGUUCAUGCGGUUGCGGAGGGGUAUGGGUUUCCGACGGAUUUGGAUCGGAAUUCGCCCGGGAACGAAAGGGGGAGUGAGCAGGGGGUUUUGAGGAGGGGGUUGCGAGAGGGGUGGGGGAGGGAGAGGGUUUUGAGGGAGAUAAGGGGGAUGAGGGGGGAGGGGGAGGGGUGA